CCGACCCUCAACGUCUCUCUCCCCCACUCCCUCUCCCUAGCCUUUCUUCUUCCCUGUUCUUAGAUUCCAUACGCCUCAAAGCUAGGAAUUUUCUGCAGCAAGAGGCGGUUUUGGAGACAUGGGCGGCUCCGGGAAGUGGAUAAAAUCCAUCAUAAGCCUCAAGAAAUCGGAAAAGGACGACCAAGUGGGUGGUGGUAGUGGGAAUGGGAAGGGUAGGAAGUGGAAGCUAUGGAGGAGCUCCUCGGGGUCAAGGAGUGGAAGCCGCAGGUCGGCAUCGGAGGCUUCCGAUACCUCCUCAUUGGCCGAUGCCUUCAGUGCCGCCAUGGCGACACUGGCCCGGGUGCCUGCGAAGGAUUUCAUGUUGGCGAGGCAGGAGUGGGCCGCUAUCCGGAUACAGACUGCCUUCCGCGGAUUCUUGGCCAGAAGAGCUCGAAGGGCUCUCAGAGGAAUUGUAAGGCUUCAAGCACUAGUUAGAGGUCGCCAGGUGAGGAAGCAGGCAGCACUGACGCUAAAGUGCAUGCAGGCUCUUGUCCGCGUCCAGGCACGCAUGCGGGCACGGCGUGUGCGCUUGACCACGGAGGGCCAGGCUGUGCAACAAAUGCUUGAGAGCCGUCGCAACCACAUGGAUCCCUUGAAGGAAGCAGAGGAAGGAUGGUGUGAUAGACAAGGCACGCUGGAUGAAGUUAGGGCAAAGUUACAGUUGAGGCAAGAGGGAACUUUGAAAAAAGAACGGGCGAUCGCUUACUUUCUUUCUCAACAGCAAUGGAGGUCAACCUCGAACACAAAGUCUAAGCCGUCUGUGGCCUCUCUCAAGCAUCAUGAGCUCGAUACGAGCAACCAGGGUUGGAGCUGGUUAGAACGGUGGAUGGCAGCAAAGCCUUGGGAGAAUAGGUUAAUGGAACAAACUCACACCGAUCUUUCUGAUGCCCGUUAUUCUAAAAGUUGCGAAGAGUUCCAUGGAACGUGUUCAAAGUAUUCAGAUUCUAGCUCCGUAAAAAUCAGAAAGAACAAUGUCACUACCAGGGUUUCAGCAAAACCUCCAUCAGUGUUUAGCAACCACUGUGAAGCUCAAUCUGCCUCUUCUUCGGAAUUGCAGUAUGAUGAGAAUUCUCCAUCAUCAUCUUCUAUCUGCAUAUCUACCCCAAUAUCUGGUGCCACUAUCUUAGCAUCAGAAAGAACUGAGGAGAGCAUUAAAAGUCAGCCGAACUAUAUGAACUUGACAGAGUCAAUCAAGGCGAAACAGAAAGUCAGCAACACCCAUAGAACAACCAUGCAGAGACAAUCAUCAGUGGAUCUUCAGUAUCAUAAGUGGGUGCCUUUCUCUACCAUAGACUCAAAGAGUAGUGCUGGUUCAGACUCAGUUUCAUCUUUUAAAGCAUCAAAUGCAAGGUCUUGGAAGGAGAAAAGCAUGGCAAGAAGCAUGGACAAGGAGAACUAUUGCUAUGAUGAGAGAUCAGCUGCUUUAUUUUAAGUGUUUCAAAUGUCUGCUUGGUUUCUUGGAACUUUGAGGUCCAUGAAUUCGUUCUAGUUUCUGCUUUUUGGUGCCCAACAUCUUGUUGUCCUGUGUGCUUGUUUAUGUAAUUUGCUAUUAACAUUCUAGGAACUGGUGUUGGCUUUGCUUAUAUGGCUUUGGCAAGAUAGAGGUUUUUUCUCUCUCUUUUUUUUUCUUUUAUUUAUUCUGCUUACAGAUUGGUAAAUGUUGUUUUGCUUGUUCUUUUCUACUCAAAUUGUGAACAUAUCAUUUUUUUAG